ACAAUUGCCAGCAGAGGGAGCUCUUCUUGUAUGUUCUCUGAGUUUCCUGCACGGUUUCACUUUCCUUCUCGACUUGAGGUCACGUGUUGUUGACGCUCCGCAGUUCGUGUACAGAUCGUUUUUGGUGUUUGAGCAGCAGAGUGGAGAGAAUGCUUAUAAAUUUUUGCCCUCAGUGUGGAGAGAAUGCAGAAGACAAAUUCCAUUUUUGCCCAUAUUGUGGAAUAAAAUUUCCUAGAGAUGAAGCUGAAGAGUCUGAGGCUGUUGACGUCAAUGAACAUACACAGAAGUCAGUUUACAGAACACCUGUAAAAUUUUUUGAAGAUGUUCAUGAUCAGAAUGAAGCAAGCUGCAGUACUUCACCUCAAGUAGUACAAAGCAGGGCAUCAACCAGGAGCGCCUCUAAAGAAUCUGGUGAUGGAAAAUGUGUGGAAAGAAAUUCAGCAGGUGCUUCAAGGUCUGUUUUGAAGAGAAAAUUAAGCAGCACCCCAGAAAAGGAACAAAAGAAAAAAACGUCAUCACCAGCAAAACCUAACUCUAAGAUUGAAAUGAGCCCCAGGAGUAAAAAAGCUAAGCAUGUACCUGUGCAGCCCCUCCCAGAAGAUGAAGUUUUGACUGAUACUAACAGCAAAAAAUGGGUGCUUGGCAAACUCUUAGUGCAGGAGAAGACUGGAAUUUAUUAUAAUGUGCAUAUACAUUCCAAAGGUGACCAGAAGUGCAGCGUGUUAAAACUGGAUGCCAAAGAUGGAAAGAUCUACAAUGAACAGAACUUUUUCCAGAGAGCAGCUAAGAAAAUGACAGUUGAUAAAUGGAAAAAGUCUCACAAUUGCCCUGCACUGGGGAUCCCAAAUUGUAUUGGUUUUGGAGUGCAUAAUGAUUACAGGUUUUUAGUGUUUUUUACACUGGGACAAAAUCUUCAGACUGUUAUCAAUGAAAUGAAUCAUCAAAUGUCAGAGACAGCAGUCUACCAAAUUCUGUGCAGGAUGAUUGAUGUACUGGAAUAUGUUCAUGAAAAUGAGUAUGUCCAUGGUGACAUCACAGCUGACAAUAUAUAUGUAAACUCUGAUUAUCAAGAGGUGUAUCUUUCAGGAUAUUAUAAUGCGUUUCGCUAUUGCCCUGAUGGAAAACAUGUGACAUAUAGGGAACUCAACACAACUCCCCAUGAAGGCACAGCUGAGUUCAUUAGCCUGGAUCUUCACAAAGGCGUUAGACCAACCCGCCGCAGUGAUUUGGAAUCCUUGGGGUAUUGCAUGCUGAAAUGGCUGUGUGGAUCCUUACCAUGGAGUGAUGAAACAAAUCCAACCUCUAUAAUGGAGUAUAAAAAGAGAUUUAGAACAGAUCUACCAGGACUCCUUAAACAGUGCUUUAACAAAAGGAAAAUUGCAGAAGUGUCGAAACUGUACCUGGAAAAUGUUAUGAACCUGAACUAUGAAGAAAAGCCGGAUUACCAUACAAUUCGGAACUAUUUUUCCACUGUUCUACAAAAAGCACGUGUUGAUCCCUAUGAUCGUGUAAAACUGUAAAGAAGAUCGGCAGUUGUGAAGGCCAUCAAUUCUUUACUGAACAAUUUUACUGAACAAAAAGAAGUGCUUUAUCUACUGGAGUUGUUGUUUCUCAGGCGUAUUUGAAGCUCUAUUUAUGGUACAAUGUUUUCCAAACAUGCUGUGUAAGCUAAAUUUUAAUGAUAACCUAAAUUAAUCUAGAUUCUUUUAAGAUUGUUCACCUCAAGAGAGGUGAGGUUGUUAGCUUUUAAACCAUUUACUAAAUUUAAAGUUAGUGUAUAUAUAUCACCUUUUUUGAGUAUAUAUUCUGUUUAUCUUUCAUACACUGUAAAACAUUCAAGCAUAUCUAUCCUCUCCCCCAAAUAAUAAAAAACUGUUGUGUGUUA